AUGUCAGUUAUUGGUAUAACUUUUGGUAAUACAAGUUCUUCAAUUGCAGUUGCAUCUGGAGACUCAAAAGUGGAUGUUAUUGCGAAUCCAGAUGGUGAUAGAGCAAUUCCUUCAGCAUUAUCAUAUAUUAAUUCAGAUGAGUACCACGGAAAUCAAGCAUUAUCAAGAAUUAUUAGAAAUCCAGAAAGUACAGUUGUCAAUUUUAGAGAUUUUAUUGGUAAAAAAUUUAGUGAAAUAAAUGAUAAAUUUUCAUAUGGAGCAAAACCACAAGAUGAUAAUGAUUCAAUUAUAUAUCAAAUUAAUGGUGAAAAAAUUUCAGUUUCAGAUUUAGCUGCAAAACAUUUUAAACAAUUAAAAUUAGCAGCUGAAGAUUAUAUUGGUAAAGAAGUUGAAGGUGCCGUAUUAACUGUUCCAACAAAUUUUACUGAACAUCAAAGAGAAGAAAUUAUAAAGAUUGCUGAAAAAGCAGGUUUAAAGAUCUUACAAUUAAUUAAUGAACCAUCAGCUGCAUUAUUAGCAAACUUAAGUGAAGAUAAUAAAUUAGAUCAAGAUAAAAUUUAUGUUGUUGGUGAUUUUGGUGGUAUUAGAUCAGAUGGUGCAAUUAUUUCAGUUAGAGGUGGUGUUAUGACUAUUUUAUCAACAUUACAUGAAUAUGGAUUAGGUGGUGAUUUAUUAGAUGAUUCAUUAAGUGAAUUCUUUGCUAAAGAAUUUGAAAAAAAAUAUCAAGUUAAUCCAAGAAAGAAUAACAGAUCAUUAGCUAAAUUAAAAGCCGAAUCAAUUGUUGUUAAAAAAACUUUAUCAAAUGUUCAAACUUCAACUUGUUCAAUUGAAUCAUUAGCUGAAGGUUUUGAUUUCCAUACAAGUAUAAAUAGAUUAAGAUAUGAAUUAACAGCAAGACAACCAUUGAGUAAAAUGACUGAAUUUAUUGAAAAAUUAAUUGAAAAAGCAGGUUUAGAACCUUUGGAUAUUGAUGAAGUUUUAUUAGUUGGUGGUUCAUCUAAUACACCAAAAUUAGCAUCAAAUAUUUCAUAUUUAUUUCCAGAAUCAACUAAAAUUGUAAGUCCAUCAUUAGAUUCACAAGCAUUAGACCCAUCAGAAUUAAUUGCUAGAGGUGCUGCAUUACAAGCAUCAUUAAUUCAAUCAUUUGAUGAAUCAGAAAUUAAAGAAAGUUUACAACCAAUUGUUGUAAAUACUCAACAUUUAAAUAAACCAAUUGGUAUAAAAGAUUCAGAAGGUAAAUUUCAACCUAUUUUAGUUGCUGAAACUGCAUAUCCAAUCAAGAAAUCAAUUGAAGUUACCAAUGGUGAAUCAUCAUCAGUUGUUGUUGAAUUAUACGAAGGUAAAAGAACUAUAAAAGAAACAGUUGUUGAAAGACAACCAGAAUCAGAAGAAGAAGAAGAAGACGAUGAUUCAGAUGAAUCAGAUGAAGAACCAGAAAUUAAAAAAGAAGUUGUAUAUGAAGUUGGAACUAAAUUAGCAGAAUUAGGAUUAAAUGAUUUAAAACCAAAUGCUAAAUUAGAAGUUGUAGUUAAUAUUACUCAAAAUGGAGUGUUACAUUUAACAGGUAGAGAAUUAAAACAAGGUGGACAAGUUGUAAAAGGUGAAAUAACAAGUAACUAA